AUGAGUCUUACAGUUUUUAUAUGGAACAAUUUUUAUAUUCUAGAUUGUAAUCAGAACUUCACUGGAGAAAAUGGACAGAUCUUUAGUCCUGGUUUUCCAGGUCGUUAUCCAACAAAUGCUUAUUGUUUAAUACGUAUAACUGCCCCGACUGGACGUUCUGUUUCCUUAUAUUUUAAUCAAUUUUAUAUUGAACGACAUUCCACGUGUAGAUUUGAUUAUCUAGAAGUACAUAAUGGAACAAGAGAAACUAAUACUACAGUUAGUAAACUCUGUGGUAAUACCUUACCAGAUCCUAUCUUUAUAUCAACCAAUCAGAUUUUACUUAAAUUUGUCACCGAUAGUUCUGUUACUCAUACAGGAUAA